AUGGUCAAUGACAGCCACUUUGGUGGAUUUAUACUCCUUGGAUUCCAGGAGCAGCCGCAGCUGGAGAUGAUCAUCUCUGGGGUUGCCUUUCUCUUCUACACCAUUGCCUUGACGGGAAACAUGGCCAUCGUCCUGCUGUCUUUCCUAGAUGACAAUCUUCAGACCCCCAUGUACUACUUCCUUAGGAAUUUGGCCAUCUUGGAUCUCUGUUAUACCACAAAUAUAGUCCCACAGAUGUUGGCCAAUGUCUGGGGUAAGGACAAAAAUAUCUCUUUUGGUGGCUGUGCGCUUCAACUUUUCACUGAUGUGACACUAUACACAGUCGAAUGUUUGCUUCUGGCUGUGAUGUCUUAUGACCGGUUCAAUGCUGUCUGCAAGCCUCUGCACUACAUGACCAUGAUGAAUCCCCAGCUCUGUCAAACCCUGGUGGCCAUGAGCUGGGGAGUUGGUGUCACUAAUUGCAUGAUACUUUCACCCUAUGCCAUGAGUCUUCCCCGAUGUGGGAACCGCCAUCUGGAUCACUUUUUUUGUGAAAUCUCUGCAAUGGUCAAGAUUGCAUGUGUGAACACUACAGCCAUGGAGGUAACCACAUUUGCCAUGUGCCUGGUUAUAGUUCUCGUUCCCCUUCUUCUCAUUCUGGUUUCUUAUGGCUUCAUUGCUGUAGCUGUGUUCAAGAUCAAAUCUGCAGCAGGAAGACAGAAAGUAUUAGGGACCUGUUCCUCCCACCUCAUUGUGGUGUCCAUCUUCUACGGGACUGUUAUCUACAUGUACAUCCAGCCAGGAAACAGUCCAUCUCAGGAUGAAGGUAAACUUCUCAGUAUCUUUUAUUCCAUUGUCAAUCCCAGCUUGAACCCCCUGAUCUACACACUAAGGAAUAAGGAUUUCAAGGGCGCUGUGAAGAGGCUGAUUGGAAAAGGAAAGAGUUCCCUGGAAACAAUGAGACACUGA